GCGUAGGGUGCGCGGAGAGCCGGGGUGGAGAUUGGCAGGGGGCGGGGAGAGGAACCGAACUGACGUGUGAGGCGUGGGAGCCAGGAGGGGCUCUAGCGUAGCCGCUUCCCUCUCGCUUCGCCAACCGCGAGGCUGCCCUAGUUGGAAACUGGGGAGUCAGGGGUCUCGUCACUUAGGAAGCGGAUUGGCUCCUGGACUCUGGGGCCUCGAACUGUCGGGGAGACUGACCGGCAAGAGCCCCUGCAGCCGAGUGGCCGGGAGCCACUCGGAUUGGCCGGAGCUGGCGUCUGGCCGAGCCGUCGGAGCUUGGCUGGUCCAAGCUUGCAGCUGGCCCGGGCUAUCCGAAUGGCAUGUCCCAAAGAUGGGAUGCCCCUUUCACCUGGGUCCCAGAAUAAUGGAACAAACUUGAAGAUGACUGUGAUUGACAAAGAAUAUGAAGAGAAAGAAUCCUUCCUUUGCGUAGUCACUGACCUAUGUGUUCCAGCUGGAGAAAAAGAAAACAUCCAGAAUCAUCUACAGACUUGGUCCUUUUUGUCUGGAGGAUCAUGUGAUUUGCAGACAGUGAACCCAAGGCCUCAUAGCCCUGAUGCUGCACUUUGCUCUUUUACAAGAGUUGCUGCUUUCCCAACACCCCCACCUGCCAGGAGGAGAGGAAGCCAGAGAGUGACGUGGAUCUGUGACUGGUGGGAUUUAGUAGAAGCAUAUGAUGUAGUACUAAGGAGAGCAAUGAAUCAGAACAGGGAGAAGUCUGGCCUCUUCCAGUCCAUUCCCAGACCUGCCUCAUCUUCUACCCUAGAAUGAUUGACUACAGAAACAUCCAAUUCCUUCAACCUCAUCCACCAGCUACUCUUUAGCCUUAGGCAAGGUGAUAGUAACAAUUUAAAUGGCAUACCUCAAAGUCUGGGUUAUUCAAUUUAAAAAACCCAUGGGUGGGUUGCCAACAGUUAAGGCAAGGUACAGCUGUUCCAAGGCUGUUCUAGGUCUUCACUGAAGCAUGAUGUUAAGAGAAGGUAAGACCUGGCUCCUGACAUAGACUAUUCUAAACCAAUCUGUGAGCAAAUCCUUGUAUAAAAGACAUUCAUAUAUCCCAAGGGAAGGAGGCAAUUUUCAGGCACAAGGCUAAAUCCAUAUUUAGGAAAAAAAAAUAUUAUCUGCCUCUGUCUCUGCAAAGGUGUAUUUAUGCUAAACAAAGGAAAAUGUACCUUGACCAAUGGCACAUUUAACAUGUUUAUCUGAAGUAUUAGCUUUCAGAUUAAGGGGGACUUAACAUUUUUGUCUAAGAACAAUAGGUGGUUAUUAUGUUUAUAAAAGUAUUCUGGUGUUUUUCCUAAAGUAAAAGAAUCUGCUCCAAAGGUGAAUUAAUGUUUCCAUUAAUACAUUUGAGAUGAUGUCUUUCAGUUAAUUAAAAAAAAAACUUGAUUUCAUUUAAUAGAGAUGAGGAAGGCCCCUAUCCACACUAGGGGCAGGAGGGAGUGAGGAUGGAGAAGCUGUGCAGGAUAGGGAAUGACUGCAGAGAGUGCUGAAGGUUGGGUUAGGAGCCAAGUGAGCUGGAGCAGGGAGGUCAGGAGAGAGUGAUCCAGACAUGGGACAGCUUUUGUGAAAUCUUAGAGACCAGAGAGAAGGAUGGUGCCUUCAAGAGGAGAUGAUAUGUUGGUUGCAAGAUCAUGGAGGAGGUGACAUUUUGGUUGAACAAUAGUGACAUUCACACUUAUUUAUGACUCUAAGAAAACUUCAAACCAUUAAACUUUGAUUAUGAAAAUCACUAGGCAAUUUGUAAAACAGACCCUCUCACCUCCUCUCUUAUUCUAGAGAUGGAGGGGGCACCAGGGAGAGAUGGUUAGGUUGAAAGUACAAUGAAUUGUUGUAGACUGUAUCAAAGACAACAUAGUUUGUAGACUAUGUCAAAAUGGACAUAAAACAUCUUAUUUCCUGAGGCUUUAUCACAAAAGCUUCUCUACCUAAUACCAUGCCUGUGGAAUUCUAUAUCUAUUUGAUGAAUAAAUGAUUAUGGGAAAAUUAUGAAGGAUUUUAAUACAAUUCCUCAAAAAGGUGUCUCAUUCUUAAUCCUCCCACACCCAAAUAAGAGAUUUAACUACCUUAAUGAGAUCAUCUUACUUACAUUAUCUCAUUUAAUCAUUGUAAUAAUUCCGUGAAGUAUAUAUGGCAUUUGAUUUUCAUUUUAUGGCUAUAAAAACCUAAGCUCAAGGUAAGUGAUCCAAGGUCACAGCUUAAGGGGAAAAAAAGUGUGUUUUGAAUCCAGGUCUAUUGCUUCUAGUUCAUUCUGUCAUUUAUGCAUUCAACAAACAUCCACUGAAGUUAUGUCUGCAAUCUCUAUUGAAACCUCCGUUUAAACAACCCCUUGUUUAAACACUGAGUCACAUGAGGACAAUAACUUAGAAAUAGGCCCUGUUGUUGCCUAGAACCAUUUUAUGAACUGAAUUAAAAGUUUCCAAUAUUUGUCAUGAAUAAAGACUUGUUUGUGCAUUCUGGCUGAUGAAUUGUAUGUUAUGUCAAGUUCUGUUUUGAGAUAUAAGCAAAGGUUGAUGGCCUUUAGCAGCCUCAACCACCGAAAAGGUUAUGAUGCCCUCCCUACCCCCCAACCUCUCAUAUAUGUAUUUAAAAAUUUUUUAAUAUGAUUCAUAAAGUCAGUGUAAUAUAGUUCAUUAAAGUCUACUUUCACCCCCUAAUGACUACUUAUAAUCUGUUUUGGCAUUUUGUGGUACCCUAAGCACAUAUUUAAAUUUGCUCUUUGCUUAAUCCGGUCUGGGAUACCAGAUGUCCAUUUGUACAUUUUCUUUAGCAUUGUACCCUACUUGUAUUCUUGUUGAUUAAUUUGGAAACCAGGAAUCAGUUGACUAACUUUCUGGUUCAAGGCUAUAAUUCUUUUCUCAAGUGGAGAGAAAUUACGGUCUGCUGUGGUUCAAAGGAAAUAAUACAAGCUACAGAAAGUUCCUUGCUCCUAUUCCAGGUGGGUGGGAUGGUUGAUAUGGUAUGGUACAUAACUCAUUGUGCCACUAGAAUGUCAUAAAAAUCUUGUUCACAAAUUGUGGUCUGUGUAUUUUGAUAUAAGAAAUUUUAUGACACUUUUGAAGAUAAAUAUUGGAAGACUUCUUGCUGCUCCCAAUGAGCUAGAAAUUAACAUUUUUGAAAUAAUAUUCUUGCCAUUUUGAAAACUUUAGACUUCAUUAAUUACUUUUAAAUCAGUUGUGGGAACUGUAUAAUCUUAUAAUUGUAACCUACCAAUAAAGCUGUCUCUCUACUCUUUAAAGAGACAUAUUACAUGCAAUUUGAAAUAUAUAAUUAAUUAGGAAUUAACUAGAAAAGCUUCCAGAAAACUAAUAUUCUUAGGUAGAUAAAGGCAGAUUAAUCUUGAGUUACAAAUUAAGUCUUGUGUUAAAUUUCUUUUCUUUCUUGAGGGUAAGGGGAAAUAAGAACACAGUAAUAUUUUUAAACAUCAAUCAUGUAUUGUGGAGGCAAGGAACACAGAGAUUUUCUUGACAUUGAGCAAUGCAAACUUUGGUUUGAAAUACCCUGAUCUCUGUGGAUAUACUCUAUGAAGAUAGUGUUCUAUGUUUGUUUAAUGUCUUCUGGCUUUCUUUGUCAAAAAUUCCAGUGAUGGGGAAAUAGGGAAGUCAUUAGACUUUUGCAAAUCUCAGUUUCUUCAUCUAUAAAAUAGAGUUCACAUAAACAGAUACACAUACACUCUACACACACAUACAUACACACAUACACACAUACACAUUCACAUACACAUGAAUUUCAUACUAGUUAAAUCUUGAGCUCUGGAGUCAGUUGUGGGCUGAUAUCCUGGCUCCACCAUUUUCUAACCAUAUGACCUUAAGUAAGUUGAUUCUUUAAACUUCAGUUUCUUUAUUUGUAAAACAAGGAUAAUAAUUUCUAGGGCUCUUUAAGGGUAAAAUGAGGAAUGUAGUAGAGUGUAUAGCAUAGUGCUGGUAUCUUGGACUUUGUAUAAAUUAAAUAAAUUAAACAAUUUUAUUGUUUUAUUAAAAGCAUUUUUUUUUAAAAAGCAUUUUAGGGGCACCUGGGUAUCUCAGUCAGUUAAACAUCCAACUUUGGCCUGGGUCAUGAUCCCACGGCUCGUGGGUUUGAGCCCCGCGUCAGGCUCUGUGCUGACAGCUCUGGGCCUGGAGCCUGCUUUGGAUUCUGUGUCUCCCUCUCUGCCCCUUCCCCACCUGUGUUCUGUCUCUCUCUCCCUCUCUCUCUCUCUUUCAAAAAUAAAUAAACACUUAAAAAUUUUUUAAAAAGCAUUUUAUAUAUUCAUAGUGCUAGUUGUUACAAACAGAACCAUUUGCCAAAGGUGAGAUUCAAAUGAAAUGUAUAUCUUCCUCCAUAGUAUCAGAGGUGCCUCCCUCCUCAGAUUCCCCAUGCAGCACUUUACUCAUAUAUAUAGACUAGCAUCUGACUUCUACGGUCAGAAAUGACUAGCUCGCUACAAAUGACUGAGCCUAUCUUUUUCACUGGAUUAUAAAUUGUGGAGGAUAUGGACAAUGCUUUAACUGAAUUUUAAUUGCAUCCCUGGCUGCAAUUAUACUGUCUGCACAUAGCUAAAUUAUCAGUCAAGAUAAAAUUUCAGUCAACAGUUUAUCCCUGCAAUCUUUUCUUUUUUAAAUUUAUUAUUUAUUUUGAGAGAGAGAGAGAGAGAGAGAGCAAGCAAGCUGGGGAGGGACAGAGAGAGAAGGAAAGGGAGAGAAUCCUAAGCAGGCUCCUGCACUGUCAGUGCCGAACGCCAAUGCAGGGCUCUUCGUGGGGCUCAAAUUCAGGAACCGUGAGAUCAUGACCUAAGCUGAAAUUAAGAGUCCAAUGUCUAACCGCUUGACCGACUGAGCCACCCAGGCACCCCAUCCUUGCAAUCUUGAUUUGUACAAUAGAACAAUUUGAGAGAGAAUCUCUACCUGAUGUGUCUCUAGUCAGGGGCCCAGUCCUACUAGGAUGAAUGCUAAGUGGGGGUCCUAUAUGGAGCUUCAGGGUGAGAGCCUUCGAGGGGUGGGAAGAGUACUUUGGCGUUGCUGGUCUCCAGGAGGAAAGCUGGGACUCUUAAUGUUAGCAUGGUUACUUGUGCCCUGUGUCUCCUUAGAGCCAUCCAUCAGACCCUGCUUUGCCCCAGUCUCUGUCUGCUCUCUGCAAAGAAUAUUUGUGAUGUGCAUAUGAGACCUGAAGUUCUACCUCUGCUAAAAAAUCUGCUUCCCUUCUAAACAUACACACACGGGCACACACACAUACAUAUAUAUACAGCCAUAUGUAACCAUAUGCACAGUCCUCAUUCAAUGUUAGUCCUGACCUGAACUGCAGUUGGGCUCUUUAUAAUACUACUUUAAUGGUGUGAAACUCCAUGGAAAUAAAAUUAGAAAAGUCUAUCAUGUAGUGUGUUUAUUGUAAUGCAUAAAUAUAUCCAUUUGAGAAGUGGGUGGUAUUUUACAUGGCUUUUUUGUAUUACUUGGGGAUAAUUAUUUCAGAAUUUUUUGCUGAUAUCUCUAUAGCGUAUGGAAGAAAAAAUUAGGCAUAAUUUAUUUUAAAGAUCUAAUCACAAUUAUGUCAAUUUAAUUCAACUCAUUAACUCUCUUUUGAGCAUCUAUUACAUACAAAGGACGGAACUAGGCAAUAUUGGGAAUACACAAAUGAAUAAUAGGGCAUGGCCCUCGUCUCUGAAGAGGUCAUAACAUAACAUCAUUAUCAUUGUCAAAGUGUAUUUCUUAAUGAUUCUAUCAUAUGUGUUAUGCCUAAUGGGGUAUAAAACUGGGUAAGCAAAUCUCAAAGCCUGCUCAAAUCUUUUUUUGAGAAAAAGAAUGUACAUACAUAAAUAAUAAUAUGCUAGUUCCCAAGAUUUACUCUUGACAAGAAACACAAACACCAAUAAAUAUGAAAUUGAUUCAGUUAAAAAUUAUAGUAAAGCCUAAUUUAUCCAGUAUUAUCAAAGAAUAUAUAUGUGUUUUAAUUUUCCUGAUAUUGGAAACACAUUUUUUAAAGCACCAAAGCAUUUUAAAUAUUAAUCAGUUUGAGGUAUAUCUUUCUAAAAUGUAUCAUCUAUUUCUUAUGCCUUCUAAAGGUGUGUAUCCUGAACCAAAUUUAACAUUUUCUUAAUGAAACUGGGAUAUUAUUGUGAACAUCAAAUAGUUUGCUGUAUUAUAAAUAGGGAGCUUUUCAGGAAGAAUAUUGAGGUGUGCAGGGCUAUUUUUCUGUAGACUAAAUGGACUCAGACUAUAUUUUUGGCUUAUCUGUUUAUUUAUUAUAAGAAUUUAAAAUUUUUUAAAAAUAUUUAUUUAAAAAUUUUUAUUAACUCCAAUAGAGUUAACAUACAGUGUUAUAUUCAUUUCAGCUAUACAAUAUAGUGAUUCCACAAUUCCAUACAUCUAUUAUAAGUAUUUUUUUUUAAAUUUUGUUUCCUGGGGUGCCUGGCUGGCUCAGUCAGUGAAGCGUGCAACUCUUGACCUCAGG